AUGAUUGUUAACGGUAGGUAUUCAUCAUCUUACAAUAGGUUUUAGAGCGGAUUUUGUUGUAAAAUACGAAUAUAAGUCAAAAAUCUUAAAAACGUUUAAAAAAAUUAAAAAAGUUAGGCAGAGUACAGUAAGGUAAAUUAAAAAUUGUACUAGGAUGAGUAAUCGACCACGUGAAAAAAGUUGGGCCUGGUCGAAUCAGUUUACAAUUCUUUUAAUAGUUUAAAUAGUGGGUUUGGUUGCAAUUAUAGUUAAGAUUAAACACAGCAAAGGCAAAGCAAAGAACUAAAAUGCCGUGUAUCGGGCAGGGCACAGCACGAAUGGAUGCUUUAUUCUGAGUCAGCCUGUUUACAGUAGAGGCCAGUGUUUUGCCGGACUCGUCCGGUCCGGACCGAAAAUUUUUUUUAUUUUAAUAAAACUGUUUUAAAAAUUGCAAAUAAAACAUAUUUUUAAGAGUUUUUAAACGUAAAGAAAGCAGUUUUAGCGCUCCUGUCUCUUUUUAAAAAUAAAAAAAAAAAUUUCCGGACCGGACCGGACUGGACCUGACCUUUUUUGGUCCGGACCGGACCGGACCGGACCUGAGCGAAAAAAAAAUAGAGCCGGACCGGACCGGACCGAAAAUUUUAUAGACAACAGGGCUAGGCUCUGGGUUAGGGCUCUGAGCUAAGACUUUAAGCUAGGGUUGGGGCUUUGGGCUAGGGCUCUGGGCUAGGGCUCUGGGCUAGGGCUCUGGGCUAGGGCUCUGGGCUAGGGCUCUGGGCUAGGGCUCUGGGCUAGGGCUCUGGGCUAGGGCUCUGGGCUAGGGCUCUGGGCUAGGGCUCUGGGCUAGGGCUCUGGGCUAGGGCUCUGGGCUAGGGCUCUGGGCUAGGGCUCUGGGCUAGGGCUCUGAGCUAGGUCUAUAGUUUUUUAAAGUAAUAUACGUCUUCAGGUUUCCGUGCUACAAAAAAUAAAAAUUUUUUAAAUUUUUAAAAAUGAAUUAAAAAAAAUAAAAAUUUUUUAGUGUAUCCUCGAACACUGGCUCCAUUCAUCGCUUGUAAGAACGGAACAGCCGGUCAUACGCAGGAAUGUCCUAAAAACUUUAAAUGCACUUUUCCAGUUGGACUGGAUCCACAAACUGGACUGUUUUAUGGUCUUUGCGAACUCAAUGGUAAGGAUUUUUAAAUUUUUUGAAUUUUUUUGAAAAUGUUAAAAACUUUCUUUACAAAAUAAAAAGUGGCAAGAACUUUCUUUACAAAACAAAAAAUGGCAAAAACUUUUUUUGCAAAGCGAAAACUGACAAGAACUUUCUUUACAAAACAAAAAAUGGCAAGAACUUUCUUUACAAAGCACAAAAUGGCAAAAAAUUUCUUUACAGUAGAAAAUGUCAUUUUUUAAUUUUUUUAAAUUUCAGAAGUAAUACCAUGCAGUGUUGAAGAAGACUGCCCUUCGCCAACCCGGUGUUCUAGUACUAACCGAUGUAUAAUCUAG